AUGCUGGACGCCCUCUUCUCCAUCCCACUGCUCUCGCUCUUCCUCGUCCCCGCGCUAUCGUCAUACACCACCAGCCUCAACAUCCUCUUCUUCUACAUGACAUGGUCGACGCUGGUACUCUCGAAUCCCCCGCUUCGCGUGGAACUGUUUGGCACCGCCGGAGUGCGCUUCUUAUUCUACGUGCUGCCGUCGCUCGCCUUCUUCCUAUUUGACAUUCUGACCCCUUCCGCGGCGGUGAUUAUCAAGGCGCAAGGUGAGACCGGACUUCCCGGCGGAAAGAAACGAGGCAAAAUCCGGACGAAGGAACUCAAGGUCGCCGGGUGGGCGCUGCUGAAUGUUACCUUGAGUAUUGUGGCCCAGGCGGCAAUCGAGACGCUUCUUGUCAAGGUAUUGGGCCUGCGCAGUGCGCUGAAGGCGUCCAUGAAGUUACCUUUGCCCUGGCAGAUGGUUAAGGACUUGGCUAUAGGACUUUUGGGUCGAGAGAUCUUGACCUAUGUCCUCCACCGCUACAUCCUCCACUCGCGCAACAACAUCCUCGCCCGAUACCACCAGACCUGGUACCACGCGCUUCCAGCUCCAUUCCCUCUAACAGCACACUACGACCACCCACUCGCCUAUUUCGUAGGAAGAUUCAUCCCCACCUACGCUCCCGCCAUGCUAUUUCGGUUCCACAUGCUCACCUACCUGAUGUACCUCUCGAUAAUCUCUCUCGAAGAGACAUUUGCUUUCUCUGGAUACACGGUGAUGCCGACGAGUUUCUUCCUCGGCGGCAUUGCGCGCCGCACGGAUAUGCAUCUGCUCGAGGACGCACAGGGUAACUUCGGGCCGUGGGGCGUGGUGGAUUGGGUGUGCGGGACUGCGGUUGGUGACUCUACCGUUGAGGAUGAUUUCAUGGAUGAGAUGGAGGAGCAUGAGAUUGAGGACAAGAUCAGGAAAAUGAUCGCGGCUUCGAAGCGGAAGGUCAAGGACAGUGCGGCGGGCAAUAUUUCGUCGAGGGCGAAUGGGCAGCCUUCACGGCGGCGGAGGCGGGAAUAA